AUGGAGGCGGCGCCCGGCCGAGAUCUCUCCUUCCGGGUGCGCGAGGCGUUGCUCGAUGCCGAGGAGCAGCCCUACACUGUCUGGUCGGAGCCUGGUUCGGACCGUCCACUGCGGGCAAAUCUGGACCUCCUUGUCUUUCGCGGGCGCACACUCGCGCGGCGCGGCGACAAAGACGGGGCUCGCGCCACCUACCUCCGCUGCGUCGCACUCGACCCGCUGGACGGCCGCGGGUGGCUCGCCCUCGGGCGCCUUAGCGAGCGCGAUGGCGACCCGGACGCCGCGAUCGCGAUGAUCGAGCGCGGCCUCGCGCACAACGCGGGCAACGCCUACCUCUUGCAGGCCGCGGAGCGCCCUCUCCCUCCUCCUCUUCCCCACGCCAGCACUCGCCCGCCUCGUGAGAGGCGGGGCAGCACGGACGAGGCGCUCGAUCUCUACGCGCGCGCCCUGCGCAGCGACCCUCGCCACGCCCCCUCCUGGGUCUCGGCCAGCCUGCUGCUGCAGCGCCGCCGCAAGGAGGGCGCCGCCCGCCGCUGCCUCGACCUGGCGCUCGCCUGCGCGCCUCGCUCAUACUACGUGUGGCAGGUGAGCGGGCAGUGGCACCGGCGGCAAGGCCAGCUCUCGAGCGCCCGCGAGGCCUUCCGCCGCUCGCUGCAGCUCAACGGCGCCAACGUCGCGACGCUGCACGCGUGGGGCGUGCUCGAGUGGCGGUGCGGGCACACCGACCUGGCGGCGACGCUCUUCCAACAGGGGCUGCACAUCCAGCCGCACAACAAGUACCUCCUCCAGUCGUGGGCUUGCAUGGAGGCUGGGCGGCGAAGCCUCUCCCGCCUUUCAGCCCCGAGAGCCCCGGCCGCACCCUUGCCUUUGCCCAACCAGGCGCGCUGUGGCUCCGCAGCGAGCGCCUCGCGCCUCUUCGCGGCCGCGGCGAGGAAGCAGUCUGCGGACGGCGCCGUGCACACGCCGCUCUUUCACGCGUGGGGCUCGAUGGAGGCGGAGGUCUCCAACGUCACCGCCGCGAGGGCGAUCUUCCAGCGAGGCGUGUGGGAGCGGCCGAGCCACCCGAGGACGGUCGGGCUGUGGGUGAGCUGGGCGUUGCUCGAGGAGCGGUGCGGCGACCUCAAGGCUGCGAGGGAGUACCUGCGCGCCGCCCUGCGCGCCGAGCGCUUCUGCGUCUUUGCGCGUGCUGCGUGGGCGGCGCUCGAGGCGCGGCAAGGCGACUGCGCCGCCUCUCGCCAGCUGUACGAGGACGCGCUCCGCAUCGACCCCGCCAACCGCGGCGUGUGGACGCUGCGCGAGGAGUACGGCGAUUUGGGGGAGGCGGCCUGA